AUUCUUUUACCGUGUUCGAAUGGUGACAACCAUUAGACGAAAGAUACCUUUGAUCUUGGAGAAAUUAAAACUAACAAAACUAUGCAAUCAGAAUUAUUAACUCCUCUUCAAAAUGACACAAAAGACAAGUUUGUAAAUCACAAUAAUAAUAAUAGUAAUAAUAACAACAAUAAUAAUAAACACCUGAUUGUACUGCCGACAAACAAACGACCUUCAUCUAAAAUGAAUUCUAAUUCUCAUAAACCGGUCAUUUUGAACAAUAAGCCUGAUCACAUAAAUCACUCAGAACAAAAUAAUGACAGUACAAAAGAUUUAUUAUCUCCUGGUGAUUUAGUUAAAGAUAGAUGGAGAGUUAUAUGUAAACUAGGAGGAGGUGGUUUUGGUGAAAUAUAUGAAGCAGUUGACACGAAAUUAAAACAUGUACAACAUUCAUCAUCUACAUCAUCAACAUCAUCAUAUUAUAAUGAAUCACAGUCAAAUUUGAAACGUUACCAUCCAGAGUAUUCACUGUGUUUAAAUUGCGCAACAAACAACACUCUAAACAUAGCGGUUAAUUCACCACUCAGUGGUCAAAAUGGUUCUAAUGUAAUAAAACUGAAACACGAUAUUGGCUCAGAUAGUGGUAUCGGUGGUGUACAAGCCUUUUCAUCAGAUACACAAAUUCAACAUGGUACUAGAAUCAACUCAGCUGGUACAACUACAUCAGCUUCGUUAUCUUCUCGUCGUUGCAACGAAAAUAAUCCUAAUAAAAAUAACCAAGAAGAUGGUCUUAUACAUUUAAAAUCAUCAGCAACUAAUAACUAUCCUUAUUUACAUAAGAUAAACUCACAAGAUUUCAGUGCGAGUAAUGCAUCAACUCCAAGGGAUUCAAGUCAAACUGGUAAUCCUGACAAAAAAAGUAUGUGUAUCAAUUGUAAGUGUGAAUUACCGCAGAGAUUUAUUGAAAAAUUUACAUUGAACAAUAAACAUGAAUCGAAUGGAAUAUCCACUGACUCCGGAAUUUCCAGUAUAAAUGAAGUUUACGACUAUCGUGUAGCUAUUAAAGCUGAAUCUAACCGUCAAGCUAGACAAGUACUAAGAAUGGAAGUGGCCGUGCUACGCCGUCUUCAAGGAAAAUCGAAUAUAUGUCGUCUGUUUGGUUGUGGAAAGAACGCGAAAUUCAAUUACAUGGUCAUGACUUUACAGGGUAAAAAUCUUUCUGAGAUACGCCGAACUUUACCCGGAGCGGUAUUUACACUUGGUACAGCCUUCCGCUUGAUUAAACAGUGUAUAACUGCUUUGAAAUCUCUACAUGAUGCUGGUUUCCUUCAUCGUGAUGUUAAGCCAUCAAAUUUCGCUAUUCAACGCGGCGAACCAAGGGAAGGUUCACUUCGGGUAGAAGUUACUUUACUGGAUUUUGGUCUUGCAAGACCAUAUACAGUUAAUGGUCCAGGUACUGAGGUACGUAAUGCACGACAAGUUGCGGGGUUUCGAGGUACAGUUCGAUACGCAUCCAUUAAUGCUCAUGCACAUCAAGAUUUAGCUAGAAGAGAUGAUUUAUGGUCACUUGUUUAUAUGUUUAUUGAAUUUGUUUGUGGCCAACUACCUUGGAGACGAAUACGAGAUAAAGAAUUAGUUGGACAAAUGAAAAUGGCUUUGAAUCAUAAAGAGUUGGCAAUCAAAUCUGGUUUACCAGUGGAUAUUGUUACUGUAUGGAUAACACAUUUAGAACAAUUAGAGUAUAAAAGUGUGCCAAAUUAUAAUAUGCUUAUUACUUGCCUAGAUGAAUGGUUAAUACAACAUAAAAUACAGGAAUCUGAUUUUUAUGACUGGGAAAUUCCAAAAACUAACUCACUUACCGAUGAUACAAAAAUCCAACAACCUGGUACAAUUACACUUUAUAAAGCUGAUCACAAAGCAAUUUUUUCGGAAAAGUUUAGCCAAAAAGAAGUUAGAGUGCAACAAAUAAAUAGCCAGGUGAAUGUAGAGGACAUUGUUGGAAAACAGCACAGUGGGAGAGAAGAGAACAAAGUGAAAGAAGACGAAGAUGAUGAAGAACAGAUUAAUAAAAUGAAUGAAACAUUAAAACCAAACACGCUUUUACAAGUGGUGCGUGAUAACCAAAUGCUGAAGAUGAAGUCUUCAAUGAAUUUAAACAAUAGACAUUCAGCUAGCCAUUGCAAUUUAAUGACAAAUAGUCGUUCAACGGCUGCAGAAAUAAGUAAAAAGAUUUGCGAUGGUAAAUUACUGAAACGAAAGAAUAUAUUGAAAAACCAUGGUAGUCUAGGUGCUGACUUAUCAAGUCAUGAUGGAGACAUGGAGAAUGCUAUUAUUAUUGAAGGUGAAUGCUCACAGAAUAGGCACAAUAAAUUAUCAACAGUCCAUAAUAGUGCAGACUGUAUUUUAAUCGACGAUGAGCAUGAAGAUUAUGUGAAAGUAUUUGCAGAGAUGGAUCUAGGUGUUGACACAAACGAUAAACACUCACUAAGAAUAUAUGAAAAUGAAAUAAAUAACUCGAAUAGUACUAAGAAUUCAUUUGAUAAUUUUCAAAAGAAUGCGACGACAAGUGAAGAGAAAAAAGGUGAAAUCUUAGUAACUAAAUCUCAGUUACCCGUCACGUCUAAUUCAUCAUUGGUAAACGUAACCAAUAAUAUUGAUAGUUAUAAAAAUGUCGUUGAUAUUAAAACUGAAAAACCGGUGAAAGAAUACUCAAAAUUAAUUUAUGCAAAACCAAUACACAAUAAUUCAACCGAACAGGAUUUUGUCUCAGGCAAAGAAGCUGUUCAAUUUAUCAAAAACCCAUUCAUUUCAGGAGCAAAUCAUAGUACUAAAGAACUAAAUCAAAAUAUUCAAGAUGAUAAAUUGGAUGUAGCUGGACAAAGUCUGUUUGCUCCGACCUUCAGCGGAAUGAGCUCAUCUUCUGUACCACAAACUAGUGAUUGUACAACAAAUCCUAGAGCAAAAAUACAUGCUAUAAUUAAGAAUUUACUUGCUGGUCGUCAAAGCAAAGGCAGUGAUUCACCUAAAUUAAGCGAAACAACUCAAAGAUUACCUAAUUGGUCCGGACUUGUGAAAACACCAAAAGAAUCCAACAAAUUUAGUGAUACGAAUUCCUCGAAUUUAGAUUUGCGAGUUGGCAAUGAUGUUGAUAAGUCUACCUGUCGAUCUAACAAAGCUUCUGUAUGUGAUCAAACUUCCCCAUACUAUAUUCAUUUUUCAUUAGGUCAUAUCAAUGCACACGACAAUGAACAAUAUCAUAGAUUUCUAACCGUGCCCCGUAAGAAUCACAUCAGUUUGAGCACAUUACGUCUUAAUCGAACUGGGGAGUCAGUUACGUUCGACAGGUCAAAUCCAUCUUUUGAAACUAACUUCAUACAAGAAAGCAAACACAGUAUGACUACUAGUUCAGAUCAAAUAUUAAUUGAUAAUAUGGAGAAUACCUGUAUAACACAUAAUCUAAAUUCCCAGUCGGAGAACCAUUACCCAGUUCCACGAAGAAAACGUACACUUUAUCUAAAUAAGUAUCAUUCAGAAAAGUUAAUUCAACCAUCGCAAAAUAUUUCCAUAAAGUCAUUAAAUAUUCCACAGAAUAACCAUGAAAAUUUGAUUAUGUUAACUAAAUCAUCAUACCAAAACAACCUCCCUUUUGAAUUAACCGCCGAAAACUAUCGACAAAAGUUAAUUGAUAACAAACAAAAACACUCGCAGCAAAAAUGUAUGAAUUCAACAAAAUUAGUUGGACAAACCAUACGUCCUACUUUAGAAACAAGCAAAAAUAUACACCAAAAUCGUAGGAAUACUACUAAUAUGAAUAAUAACGGUAGUACUGGUAAUCUAAGGGACAGUGAAAGCCUAGAGAGAAUUAAACAUCUUGGUUUGUUAGCUAAGACUUUGGAUGUAAAACUGAAGGUUAAUAACCCUGACACUACUUCAGCUAAUGCAAGCUAUGAAAAGUCCAUGAAUCAACAGACGUUUUUAAGAUCAAGUAUCAAUGGCUCAAAAAUAAAUCAACCUUCAAAAGGUCAGUCAAAGUGUCUGGCUAGAACAUGUUCAGAAAUUUCAUAUGAUCCAGAAAUGAGCAAAUCUCCGGUACAAUAUGAUAAUAGACCUAAAAAGCUUAUUGGAAAAGAUUCAACGAUGAAUACAAAUAGAUCAGUUUCACAAUCAGUUCAACAAAAUUGUCAACAAACAAGUUUAAAAUCCUUGAAUCUUCAUUCUACAGAAAAAUUAAUCAUUCGAAGAAAUGAUGAUAUCAGAGAGAAACAAAAUAUUCAAUCUGUUAAUUACAGUUAUUCACCAUUAAAAAUAGCAACUAGCUUAUUACCAUCAGUGUCAUCAACGAAUUUAACUGACGAAAAUCUCAUUCAACCAAAUAAUAUUUGUUGCAAAUCAAUUUAUUGUCGACCAUCAAUAGACAAAUCACAUCGUCGUCGUUUGAAUUCAAUUCAUAUCAUACCUUCAGAAUUACAUCAUAGUCAGCAAAAAAAUGAACAAUUUACUGUUUCUACCUUUAAUAAUAGUAAUGAUAAUAAUAACGGUGGUUCUUCAUGUGUUUCUAAAAUUAAUUUACGGACAUUAAGAUCUCAAUCAGCAGACAGAGUAAUAAAACCACGAACAAGUUGUAAAAAUACAGUGUUUCAACCAUGUUAUCCGCUUCAGUCAACUUUACCCAAUACUUCAUUAUCUCGUUCAAAAUCAAAACGAACCUUGGGCAUCACAAUAAGUGAUUCUCAGAAAACAUGCAAAAUUAAUUCACUGACACCAGUAAGAAGGCUUUAAAUUAAUAUGUUAGGCUUUCUUCAUUGUUUUCUAUCUUG